AACAACACAUGCAUCCGCAUCUAUGAGCCUUUUAUCUAUGGCGGGGGUCAGAGCACCUUCAGCUUCACUCCUCUCUCUAUCCGGACCUUCAAUCAGGCUGCGCGCACUUUCGCGGCAUCCACGAAUCGGACAAACUUUUUGUCCCUUGAGCUCACGUGCCUCUUACUCAUGGUUUCGCAACGACGGCUACCGACCAUUUCAACCCUCCUUGGGCCCUAGACCUCGGAAACCUUCUAGUAUACAGCCGGCUAGUCUGUUUAGUACUUCGACAGCCCGACGACUGAAGGUGGAAGAGGACAAGAAUGGUGCAACUCAGACUUCAAGACCGAACACCGAGCAACAACCACCCACACCCGCAACCACGAAUCUCGCCACAACCCUCAAAUCCAAACUCAAACUCGACACCGUCCGCCAUGAGAACAUAUACAAUAUCCCUAACAUUCUCACGCUCUCGCGCCUCAUCGCAACCCCCGCAAUCGGCUACCUUAUCAUCCAUAACCACCAUCUCUACGCCUUCUCACUCUUUGUCUAUGCCGCUUUCUCUGACCUUCUCGACGGCUGGAUAGCCAGGCGAUGGAACUUGCAGACUGUCGUUGGAAGCGUGGUCGACCCUAUGGCCGACAAACUCCUGAUGACGACGCUAGUAACGUGCCUGGCUGUUAAUGGGAGCUUACCAAUGCCGUUGUUUGUGUUGAUUUUUGGCAGGGACGUUAGCCUGGCGAUUGCGGCCCUUUAUUACCGGUAUGCGAGUUUGCCCGCCCCGAAGACGUUGGCGAGGUAUUGGGAUUUCAGUCUCCCGAGUGCGGAGGUUCAUCCCACUACAAUUUCGAAGCUCAACACCUUCCUGCAAUUGAGUUUGCUGGGCACGCUUCUCUGCACCAACUUGCUGCACGACCCUUCAGCUACUUCGUCCGCAGCGGGUGGCCUGCUCAUGUCCAUUCAGGAUAUUCUCGGCGGCGAGGGGGGCGUUAAGACUAUGAUUCAGGGCAUGUCAGCCAUUGUCGCAAGUACCACAGUAUACAGUGGACUAGAGUACACGUGGUCAAAGAAGGCUGUGGUCAUCCUCGGUGGAGAUGAGGCGCUGAAGAGAAAGCAAGGCUUCAGAGGCAGGAUGAUCAUGGCAAGUGGUUUCGGGUCCUUCAUUGCUCUUGCAGUGUACCUGUGGUAUAAGGGUCAGGCUAAAAAGGAGGUGGAAAAGGAGGCGGAGCAGAAAAAAUAGAUUUGGCGGUUAGCGAAAACUUCGCACCUUUUGUCAUUGAGCAACAUGUACAAUAGAGUUCGUUCAUACGCAUUGCAUAAUGAGGAGUAUACAUCAUGGGGCUUAGUUUUCUUUGCCUCUUUUGGUUUGUUUCUUGGUCUGAAGAGCCAACGCUCCUCCUUCGAAAUGCAUUACUACGUGUGCCCAUACCACCAAAUAACUGCAGAAACUCACAACACUUUCCAUCCCAACAAAAUAUAUAACUUUAAAGCUGUAUUUGUAGCUAGAGUAAAUGAUCAUAGUCGACAGUUCACUUCAGAACUUCGGUAGAUUGAUGAUUAGAAUAAAACUUUUACGCCUGUAGC